CUUCUUUUGGAUUCAGAGUUUUAAAUAAUUUGAAAUAAUUCAUAGACAUACUUAAUGGCUAGUGAGGAAGAUGUGAACAUUGAAGAUGAAAUAAUUGAGGAAUCAUAAGUAGAAGACAAUCAAAAAAAGAAGAAGGACAAGAAAGAUAAGAAAAUAAACAAGAAGCUAGAGUAGAAAAAGCCAAUUGAUGGGAAAUAGUAAUUUGGUGAUAAAUCUAUAUGUCGAUUAUGCAAAUUGACUACUCAAUCAACUCCAACUAUAAUUUGUAUAAGGUGUCACUUUAAAUACCACAAAGAAUGUAUACGAACUUAAAACAAAGAGCCUUAAUUUUAAGACGGCAUUAAAUGGUACUGUCUCUCAUGUAUAGAGAGAAUGGCUAAGAGAAAAUUGAAAGAGUCAGAACCAUAGAAAAAGAAGAAAACUAAUUAAAUCCCAGAAUUCUUUCAGAAAACACUUUAACCAUAAGAAGAUAAAUUGAAAAAACAUACUGAAUUUCAAUUAAAAUAUCCAACUUAUGUAUAAUAAGGAAGAGUUAUAUUUCCAAUAUUUGAUGAAUAUCUAACAGCAUAUUAAUAAUUGUUUACCAUUGAAAUUAAAAAGAAACCACUUCUUUAACUUGAUUCCAAUAUUCCCUAAAAUCUAUUUGAAGAUAUUCUUAAAAUAUGGGAUAGUUAUAAUUAUAUGGAUAAAAUCGUGAGUGAUAUUCUCUAUGCAGGAGAAUAACAAACAGAAUGUAUUUCUAUUUAUUAUAUCAAAAGAACAAAGUUAAGUUAACAAUAUAGGAACAUUGAUUCAUUUUAAAGAUAAUCAUACACCCUAUUCUUAAAAAACUCGUUUAGAGAUUUAUAAUUUAAUCUAAAAUAAUCCUGAAGAAUUAAUCCUAUUCUUUUGUUAUUUCUAUCUUAAAUAAAUCAUUGAAGAUUUAGAUUAAGAAUAAAUGUAAAAAUAACAAUAUGUAAUUUCUAUCAUAUAUAUAAUAUUUCUAGAAAAUUCCAUAUUGGCAUCUUCUUGGAUAUAUGUGGUUUACAAAUAGAGUUAGAUAUUACGAAUUAUUGAGAGAUGAUAUUAAAUCAUUGCCAACCAAUAUUUAUAAAUAAGGAAUACUACAUUUAAAUUAGGAUAUCAUAGAUUUUAAUGAUUAUACUGAUAUUAAAAAAGUUUGUAAAUUGCUUAUAGCUCUAUCAGAUGGAUUAACUGGUCUUAAAAAAACUUAGUUUCUUUAUUAAUUCAGAACUGAAAAUCUGUUAUCUAAUAAUAGAAUUAAAUAAUAAUUAGGCACUUAAAUUAAAUAACAAAGAAGUCAAUAAAUUGAUAUUAAAAAAGAAAUUAUAGAAGCUGAAGGCAAUAUUUCUAUUGCUAAAGUAAAUUUUUAUUUAUUUCUAUAGUCUUAAUUAUAAUAAGAUGGUUUAACAAGAGUAGAAACUUAGAAAUUUACAAAAUCAAUGGAAUAAGCCUAAAAAUAAGCUUAAAAAUUAAAAUAACAAUAUUCAAAAUUAGAAAAAGAAAUAGCUUCUUUAACAGAAAGAUAUAAUUAAUAAGAUAAAGUAUUAUUUUAUUAAUAUUUUAAUAGGAAUUAGCUAUUACAUAAAUGCCAGCCUUAUUAUUAAAUCCAUCUAUGUGUAUAGGAUAAGAUGCAAAACAUAGUUCAUAUUAUUUCUUUUUAUAUGAACCUGAUAAAAUUUUUGUAUGCAUGAAACAUUCAAUUAUUGAUGAAGAUGGAUCAUAGAAAUGGGGAUUUUAUGAUUAAACUGAAAUUUAAAAUCUGUUGAAUUCAUUAUGUCCAAAAGGAGUACGAGAAAAUACUUUAAAAAAUAAUAUUAUUGAAUUAUAAAGAGCAAAAUUAUUAUAAAUAAAUGAAUAAAAUUAAGAUUAGAAUGAUUAAAUAGAAUAAGAAAAUCAUAAAAAUGGUAAGGGAAUAGAUAACGAUAUAGAAUAAGAAGUACAUAAUUAAAGUGAAGAAUAAAUAGAAAGAAUUAAUAGUUUAAUAAAUUUAGAUGUUGACGAUCUUAUUAAUGAAUUUGUAGAAAUAGAAUCUAGUUUAACUUAAUAUUUAAAUUAAAAAAAUUCAAGAUGGUGUAGUACAGAGUAAAGAAUAGUAUUUUUAAAGAGUUUUUAGAAUGUAAUAGAAAAAAAGAAUUCUUCUGAAUAUGAUGAAAUAGAUCUAAAACCAUUAGGAAAAGCUAUUGAAUAUUUUGUAGAUAAUACAAUGAUGUAAGAAAAAUUAGAACUUAGAUUAGAAGAAGAUAUGGAUGAAAAAUAAUUUAAUGAAAAUGAUGAAGAUUCAUAUUAAUAACCAAAUAGAAAAAGAAAAGUUGUUGAAGAUGAUUCAUCUAUUGAUGAAUAACCUUAAACUAUGUUAUAAUAAUUAGAAUAAAUGGAUAUAGGGAAAGUGAGAGUAAGGAAAUUACCAAUGAAAUUAUUUGGUACAUAUUAUGAGACUCUUAGAUAAAAUUUAAUAGAACAAUUAAAAUUUGAUUGUAAUUUAGCAAAAAUGAAAAUUUGUUUAGAAGUAUUAGGUUAAAUAGUAAAAGAUUAUAUUGAUAGAAAAAAAAUAUAAAUACAAUAAUUAAUUAUUCCAGUUGGAGAAAAGAAAAAGGUUGAAGAAAUAAUUAUUAAAAAGAAUAUUGAACCUUAACCAUAAUUUGUUUAGGAAGCAUAGAUAUAUGUAACAUAAAAUUUGAGGAAAAGAAAUUCAAUAAAACCUUAAUAUACAGAAACUGAAACCAAAUGGGAAGACAGAUGUAAAAAAUGUAAUAAAGGAGGAAAGGUAAUUUGUUGUGAUACUUGUCCAAAAGUAUUCCAUCCAAAAUGUAUAAACUUAAAAGAAGUUCCUUAAGGGAAGUGGAACUGUUUGAAUUGCUUAAGAAAUUUUGAGAGACAAAUUAAAACAAGAGCUACUGUUAGAAAGUUAGAAAAUCAAUGAGAC